GGGACUCUCCUCCGGAAGUAAACGUAUCUGUUUCGAUGUGUUUCUUCAUGUCGAACGUCGCCGUCUUCGAGACACGACUCGUUGCCGAAGUCGAACCUUGUAAGACGAGGAGUCAGAUCAAGAAAUUGACUUUGUAGGACCAGUGCUGGUGCUGAAUGCGAUGCGUGACGGGAUCAUUGUAAGCAUCGAGGAGUAAAUCUCAGGCACAGCAUGUGCAAGGAUCACGAGGACUAAGACCUAACGAUUGACAUUCCACCACCAUGGAAAGUGUAGUUGAAAUUCCUAUUCGCAAACGAGCCUUGUAGGUCCGCAUUACUAGCACCAACUUAAGUCAUUUAAAGACGAUGCAUUGUAACUUUACUUCUGCACUAAACCUUUCAUCACACAGAGCAACUUUAUCGCUGCCUUUAGAUCACCUAUGUUAACUCUAACAGUAAAGAUCGGCUCGCCCGACAAUUGUCGGGCGAAAGUCAGCGAUAUAUACGCUAUCGUUCAAAGCUUUAUAUUACUAGUAUUCUCUGGAAUCAUGGAAUAACCGAAAGAGUAUAGGUUCAUUGCUCUCUAUCUUGAGGCGCUAUAACAGUCGUAGCUGCCUCUCACCGGCGAAGCUAGGCAUGAUAAUGCUUAGACAGCUAUCUCCUCCGCUUGGGCGCCGCCACCACAUCUAUACCUUGACCCCCCCCCCCAACCGGAGCGGCCAAGCCUUCCCUUCGUCCUUUCGCACUAUCCGAGCACUGUAGGACUUGCUGAGGCAUUAAGCUCACAUUUCGAGUCGUAUCUGCCAAAGUCUCAAACCCGAUACAGUUUAAUCUGAUUCCAGUCACGUAUCCGACACCAUGAUGCCAAUCGCGCUCGCGGACCUCCCUGCGGAGGUAUUGAUCGAUAUCCUCAGCGACGCAUGCACGGAUUCGGGUCUAACGGGUUGCUCGCUGACCUUAGUCUCAAGGGAUUUCCGCGCCUUAUGUUUCCGGAGCGGCAUUGAUAUUCAAUGUGCCGCCGUUUAUGGCUUGAAGAGGAUGCAUCGAAUCAGCGCGGACGAUGGGUCUCUACUUAGUGACUCGAGCUUCGCCAUGGAGCGGGCUACCACCAACCCCGACGAAUUUCCCGCCUCCAGGCUCAAUCGAAUUUUGCGCGCCAUCUCGCCGUACCACCUAAAGACGUUGACCAUCAUCACACCACACACUUUCCUGGCGACGUCCACCAGCCCCUCUAUAUUCACCUUCCCAUUUCCCUCUCUCUCAGAACUCACGCUCUAUGCUUGCAUAGCGCCGAGCUUCUUCGAUCACUCUCCUGCCACACCGAGCCUAAAACUAUUUCAUAUAGCUGCCUUUAAACAACUUCCAAACGACAUUGGUAGUUCGAUUUCGAAAGUCCCCCCGAAUUUGACACAUUUACGGAUCUCUGAGAAGAAUCUUCCACAUAUUCUCCCGUGAUCCCCAAACCUCUGGAUGAUGCGUUACCUAGUACCUCUCCCUCGGAUACCUUGCCACGGGGCAGGUUGCCUCCAAGACUACAUAAUGUCGUCAUCGGAUUUGCCCCCCUCUACCGAUUGUCAGGGGGGAACUCUGCGAGCCGGAUGAUUGCGCAUUUCCAGACUGUGGAGGAGUUGAAACGAAUUAUGCCACCAGAUGAACCUAAUUCAACGAAGGGGAACAAACUGGUGAUAUUGGAUCCACCACCAGUUGCUGAGGAAUAUGAGAGAGAUGGCGUUAUGCGGGAGAGAUAUAAGUUGAUUCGAACGGAGUGGGAGGAGAGGAUACCUGGUGAGGAAGGAUGUUGGAAGGUGGCAUAGGAUUUGAAUGAGAUUCAUUUGAUCUCAUUCAGUUUUCUCUCGUCGGACUCAUUGCAGGAUCACAUUCUGUAGACUAUCUAGGUUCCGAGAUACUCAUUCCAAAUAGAAUCGCUCCUUUGUCUCA